AUGAUCUACAACUUUUAUGUUGUGGCAACAAAUGUCAAGUACGGGCCUUACAUAAUUAGAUCCUUGGUUGGAAUAGUGCCAGAAAUAUUUGUUGCAAUCUAUACGCACAGAUGGACGGGUAGAUUUGAAGCGAAUCUAUGGGAUCACAAUAGUAAGCUAGAGGGUCGUGUCAGGAAAGGGCGCCAAGGUGGCUAUGACAGUGAAGAAAAUGCAGCAAGGGCUUAUGAUUUGGCAGCAUUGAAGUACUGGGGACAAACAGCUAGCACAAACUUUCUUGUUUCCGAUUAUGCAAAGGAAAUAGAGGAGAUGAAACAUGAAGGAAAGCGAGAAUAUAUUACUUCUCUGAGAAGGAAAAACAAUGGUUUUUAUAGGGGGACUUCAAAAUAUAGAGGUGUUACAAGACACCGCCAAAGUGGUAAAUGGCAAGCAAGAAUUGGUCGAGUGGCUGAAAACAAAGAUAGAUACUUGGGAACAUUUGAAACCGAAGAAGACGAAGCUGCAGAGGCCUCCGACGUUGCAGCCCUAAAGUACAAAGGUGCAAAUGCUAUAACCAAUUUUGAUUCAAGUAUAUACAAUAUGGAAUAUAUAUCGAAGAAUCCUAUUCCAAUUGGUCAAGCAUCAAAACGCUUGAAACCUUCCCAAGAAUCAGAAAAGAAAGCUCCUAGGAGCAGGACUGUUCAGCCUCCUUGUACAAACAUGAGGAAGUUUUGCUUUUGGAAGACCGUGUUGGUGAAACCAAAAGAUUAG